UCAGAUCGGUGUGAUGACGGUGACAGUGUUCCCAGUGCGGUUGUUCUUUGCUGUGCUCCUCAUGCUGAUGGCCUGGCCCUUUGCCUUCGCUGCCUCUCUGGGACGAUCUGAACUGGCUGUGGAGACAGAGACCUGGUGGAGGAGGUACGCGUGUCAGUAUGUGAGUGAGCGAGUGACAGAAAAACAUUAGGAACACCUGCUCUUUCCAUGAGACUGACCAGGUGAAUCCAGGUGAAAGCUAUGAUCCCUUAUUGAUGUCACCUGUUAAAUCCACUUCAAUCAGUGUAGAUGAAGGGGAGGAGACAGGUUAAAGAAGGAUUGUUGAGCCUUGAGACAUGGAUUGUUUAUGUAUGCCAUUCAGAGGGUGAAUGGGCUAGACAAAAGAUUUAAGUGCCUUUUGAACGGGGUAUGGGUAGUAGGUGCCAGACGCACCAGUUUGAGUGUGUCAAGAACUGCAAUGCUGCUGGCAUUUUCAUGCUCAACAGUUUCCCGUGUAUAUCAAGAAUGGUCCACCACCCAAAGGACAUCCGGCCAACUUGACAGAACUGUGGCAAGCAUUGGAGUCAACAUGGGCCAGCAUCCAUGUGGAACGCCUUUGACACCUUGUAUUCAUACCCCAACGAAUUGAGGCUGUUCUGAGGGCAAAAGGGGGUGCAACUCAGUAUUAGGAAGGUGUUUCUAAUGUUUUGUACACUCAGUGUAUAAAAUGAAUGACACACCUGAUAAUGACAUCACAACCACUUGUGGAAUAUUUGUAGAAGGUUUGGAUACGAUUGUCAUUGUGUCAGGGCAAACACACACACACACACAACAGGACGUAAUUGCAAACAAGUCUUCAUUUACUUACCUGUAUAAAUAAAGGUUAAAUAGAAAAUAAACACACACACCCUCAACCAGUCUCUCUCUCCUACAGAAUCUGUGACAUAGCCCUGAAGGUGAUCAUGCGUGCCAUGUGGUUCUGUGGAGGGUUCCAUUGGGUGACGGUGAAAGGGGAACCGGCCCCGCCCUCGCAGGCGCCCAUCCUCACCCUGGCCCCUCACUCGUCUUACUUCGACGCCAUCCCAAUCACCAUGACCAUGGCCUCUAUCGUCAUGAAGACCGAGAGCAAGAACAUCCCUGUCUGGGGCAGUGAGUAGUCUUCCUCAUCUUCAUCUCUCUCUCAUCUUCAUUAAAUACCAUUGUCUUCCUCACCUCUCUUUCUCUCCUUCUCUCUGCCUCUUCCCAAAUUUUCAGGCCUUUUCAGUCUGUCUCACUGUCCAGGGAAGUGUGUACUCUUCAUCUUCAGUCUCUCUCUCUCGUACCACAGUCUUCCUCACCUCUCUCUCUUUCCCGGUCUGUCUAUCUUCAGUCUCUCUCUCUCUGGUACCAUAGUCUUCCUCAUUUCUCUCUGUGUAUGUCUCAAAAUGCAUACUACCGUGCUACAAGCACGCAAAUUGGAGCACAGGAGGGUCGGAGUAUGAGUCCAAAUCAAAGUAUGUGAAACGGAGCAUGGAAAGCACUUCUCGGAUGCGUACUCCGUUUGUACAUAUUUUGAAGCAUGCAUCGAUGCACAAGCUUCAACGGAAUGUAUGCAAAGAAAUAUGACGCAACCACUUAAAAAAGGAUGCAAAAUUUGUUGAAAUCAAUGGCGGCCAUUAUUUGAGCGGAAGCGAGAGAAAAUGCACUCCGACUUGGUAAUGAAAUGUUGCCUAUUCACAUCUCAUAUGUUGCCUGACUACAAAAUGUUAUCUUGAUACGUAAAUAAAUACAUGCUGUUAAUUUUGGCAUGUUUACCUGCCUACGUACUGUAGAUCGCAAGCCCAUAAUAAGUCAAUAGGGCUAACUGACUAGCUACUACUUGUGCUAGCCAGAUAGCCACAAAUAAUUGUUAGCUAGCUACCCACGAAUAAUUAACUUCUGUCUUGCAUAUUAUUAGUUUUAGGUCAUUUUUGCCUCUUAAACUAUCUGGUUAGUUACAUUAUUAUGAUUCACAUAUAGCUAGCUGAUAGUUAUGAAGUAAAACGGUUACUUUGUGUAUAUCUUGUAUCGUCUAUUGUUGCCAUUGUCCUGGCUGGAAGAAGGUUCAGUGAAUGGGGAGGUGAAGCGUGGGAUAAUACAGUAGGGGGAGUGCUUCUCAAAUGUAAUGUUUUAUGCAUUCUCCACACUCUCGCCCUCACAAGAUUGUACUCAAGAGAACGUUGUCGGAGAAUGCACUCGAAGCAGGAGAGUGUGGAGUACGGUAGUAUGCAUAUUGAGAAACACCCUCUGUCUCCGUCAGGGGCGGUGAGAACCAUAGUCUUCUGAAAGAUACUGACUGAUGUGUGUUAGUGAGGGUAUUUGAGUGGACAUGAAGAGGGAGGGAGGAACAGUAUGAGGGGGAGAGGUGGUGAGACCAGGUGUUAAUGAUGAGCAUAUUCUCGUUAUAUUCUCAUUAUAACAUUAUUAUAGUUUGAAUGUUAUAAUGCUGUGCUAAUCACUAAUCUCUCUCUUUCCCUCCCUCUCUCUUUAUCUCCAUCUCUCUCCCUCUUUCUCUCUCCCCCUUCCCCCACCUCCCCCUCUCUCCCCACUGUCUUUCCCUCAUCCCCCUCCUACCCCUUCUGUCUCUCCCUCCCCCUGCCCCACUAGCUCUGAUAAAGUUCAUAAGGCCAGUGUUCGUUUCGCGGUCGGACCAGGAUUCUCGUAAGAAGACGGUCGAGGAGAUCAAACGCAGAGCCCAAGCUGGAGGGGAGUGGCCUCAGGUAACACACACACACACACACUGCCCUGGUUGGGUUGUUAACGUAAAGACCAACCUUCCUCAAUCUUGUAAGUCAAAUUCAAUGUACUGUGUGUUUAGGUAAGACAGGAUGUAGCUAAAUCUAAUAAACAAUGUGUUUUGUUUUCUGCUGUUGCCAUGCUAACUCUGUGAUGGCAAAAACAGCUUAAACGAUGUCUAUACCUCCGUGUGUGUGUUCACAGAUAAUGAUAUUUCCAGAGGGGACGUGUACCAACCGAUCCUGCCUCAUCACAUUCAAGCCUGGUAUGUGUUUUUCUUUAUGCUGACCAGACCCUCUGUCUGUCUGUCUCGCUGUCUGUCUGUCUCGCUGUCUGUCUCUGUCUCACUGUCUGUCUCUCACUCUCUCUCUCUCUCUCUCUCUCGUCCUUUCUCUCUCUCAUUGCUAAUGUUUGCAUUACAGAGGCUCAGUGGGGUUUGAAAAUAGCGCCCCUUGUGCCUGUCACUGUGUGUGUGCCUGUGUGCCUGUGUGUGUGUGUUUUGAAUGCGCACUUCCAUGUGUGUGUAUUUCUGUCUGUGUGUGCGUGUCUCUGUUCUGUGCGUGUCUGUUCUGUGUGUGUGCGUGUCUGUUCUGUGUGUGUGCGUGUCUGUUCUGUGUGUGUGUGUCUCUGUUCUGUGUGUGUGUGUCUCUGUUCUGUGUGCGUGUCUCUGUUCUGUGUGUGUGUCUCUGUUCUGUGUGCGUGUCUCUGUUCUGUGUGUGUGUGUCUCUGUUCUGUGUGUGCGUGUUGGCUGUGUGUGCGUGUUGUCGCUUUGUGUGUGUGUUCCCACUGUAGUGACCCCUCUUCAUUGUGGCUGUCCCCACAGAGUAAUCCCUUCUGUUCCACCCCAAUGUCACUGUCCUGUCCCCAUAAGCCAUGCUUUUCUAACCCUGUCCCCACCCUGUCCAGUUAAGCUACAUUCUGGGAAUCGAAAAACAACAAAAUGGUGUCCUCGCCAUUUCUUAUGGUAUACAGCUGAGGGAUGGGGCUAGGGAAAUGUAACCACACUCAAGUUCAUAGACAGUGCUCCAGAUGCAAGGAAAGACAACAUAUAUUUUGAAGCUAUACAUUGUUUACAUUGUUGUUUGUAAACAAUGGAGUAACAAAUUCUUAUCUUUUGGGUUAUGACAAAGGUAAAUAGUUAGAUAUACAGUACCAGUCAAAGGUUUGGACACACCUACUAAUUCAAGGGUUUCUCUUUAUUUUUACUAUUUUCUACAUUGUAGAAUAAUAGUGAAGAGUUCAAAACUAUGAAAUAACAUGUAGUAACCAAAAAAGUGUUAAACAAAUCAAAAUAUAAUUUAGAUUUUAGAUUCUUCAAAGUAGCCACCCUUUGCCUUGAUGACAGCGUUGCACACUUUUAAUAUUCUCUCAACCAGCUUCAUGAGGAAGGCUUUUCCAAUAGUCUUGAAGGAGUUCCCACAUAUGCUGAGCAAUUGUUGGCUGCUUUUCCUUCACUCUGCGGUCCAACUCAUCCCGAACCAUCUCAAUUGGGUUGAGGUCGGGAGAUUGUGGAGGCCAGGUCAUCUGAUGCAGCACUCCAUCACUCUCCUUGGUCAAAUAGCCCUUACACAGCCUGGAGGUGUGUUGGGUCAUUGUCCUGUUGAAAAACAAAUGAUAGUCCCACUAAGCGCAAACCAGAUAGGAUGGCGUAUCGCUGCAGAAUGCUGUGGUAGCCAUGCUGGUUAAGUGUGCCUUCUAAAUAAAUCACAGACAGUGUCACCAGCAAAGCACCCCCACACCAUCACACCUCCUCCUCCAUGCUUCACGGUGGGAACCACACAUGCGGAGAUCAUCCUUUCACCUACUCUGCGUCUCACAAAGACACGGCGGUUGGAACCAAAAAUCUCAAAUUUGGACUCAUCAGACCAAAGGACAGAUUUCCACCGGUCUAAUGUCCAUCGCUCGUGUUUCUUGGACCAAGCAAGUCUCUUCUCAUUAUUGGUGUCCUUUAGUAGUGGUUUCUUUGCAGCAAUUCGACCAUGAAGGCCUGAUUCACGCAGUCUCAUCUGAACAGUUGAUGUUGAGAUGUGUCUGUGACUUUUUAUUUGGGCUGCAAUCUGAGGUGCAGUUAACUCUAAUGAACUUAUCCUCUGCAGCAGAGGUAACUCUGGGACUUCCUUUCCUGUGGCGGUCCUCAUGAGAGCCAGUUUCAUCAUAGCGCUUGAUGGUUUUUGCGACUGCACUUGAAGAAACGUUCAAAGUUCUUGAAAUGUUCCGUAUUGACUGACCUUCAUGUCUUAAAGUAAUGAUGGACUGUCAUUUCUCUUUGCUUAUUUGAGCUGUUCUUGCCAUAAUAUGGACUUGGUCUUUUACCAAAUAGGGCUAUCUUCUGUAUACCCCCCCCCACCUUAUCACAACACAACUGAUUGGCUCAAACGCAUUAAGAAGGAAAGAAAUUCCACAAAUUAACUUUUAACAAGGCACACCUGUUAAUUGAAAUGCAUUCCAGGUGACUACCUCAUAAAGCUGGUUGAGAGAAUGCCAAGAGUAUGAAGAAUGUAUGCACUCACUAACUGUAAGUCACUCUGGAUAAGAGCGUCUGCUAAAUGACUAAAAUGUAAGAGUGUGCAAAGCUGUCAUCAAGACAAAUGGUGGCUACUUUGAAGAAUCUAAAAUAUAAAAUAUAUUUUGAUUUGUAUAACACCUUUUUGGUUACUUCAUAGUUUUGAUGUCUUCACUAUUAUUCUACAAUGUAGAAAAUAGUAAAAAAUUAAGAAAAACCCUGAAAUGAGUAGGUGUGUCCAAACUUUUGACUGGUACUGUAGUUAAAUAUCAAGAGUUGAAUUGCCCACUGAAAGUUUUCCCAACUGUCAGACUGGAGCUGUAAAUCCCUGUUUAUCUAACCCUGUUCCUGUCUGUGGAGUAUUGCCCCUUUAAACCCCGCUGUUAGUUUAACUCUGGGUUGUGUUAGUGUGUCUGUACCAAAUCCAUCUUCAUUUAUACAGCACAUUUCAGACAUGCAAUACAAUGUUCUUCACAGGAAAAAACAAAUAAAAACAAUGAAAAUAUAAUGAAAUAUUUACUACACAACAUAAGAGGAUAAAAAACAAAAGAAUAACAAUAAAACUGAACGACUAAAAAGCAACCUAAGGAAAAGCAAAGCCAAAAAGGUAUGUUUUAAGAUCUCUUUUAAAUAUGUCCACAGCCUCGGCCUCCCUCAGGUUCUCUGGCAGGCUAUUCCAGAGGCUGGGGGCAUAAUAACUAAAGGCUGCUUCUCCAUGCCUCUUGGUCCCAGGCCAGUGCUAGAGGACCUGAGGGACCUACUGGGUACAUAACUUUAAAAGCAGGUCUGACAUGUAUUGGGAUGCACAAUCGUGGAUUGAUUUAAAUACCAAUAGAAUAACACCUAGGUUUUUUACCUGGUGUUUUACCUUUAUUGCCCGUGAAUUAAAAUGUGCGGCCAGAUUCUCUCACUGUGCUUUGGCUCCAACAAUAAGUACCUCGGUCUUGUCUUGAUUUAGCUGUGCAAUGUGUCUCCUCUUGUUUAGUCCUCUCACUGGCUCUCUGCAAAACAGCCCUGUCAUACAGUAUGUCUCAAUCAUAUUUCAGCUUCCCUUCUCUUUCUUUCCUGAAUUCCCUCAUCUCUUCCUCUCUGCUGUACUAAAAUGGCUCUCCAACAAGUCGCUCUCACACAGACCUUCACAUGCAUCUCUCUCUCCCUCUUUCUCUAUCCCCUCUUUCUUUCUCUCGCCCCUCUCUCCUCCUCAUCCCUUUCUCUCUCCAUACUCCUACAUAAUCAUCCAGUCAUAACUCCUACAGUAUCCUAGUGGUAAUGGUCCCAUUGCACCGAGAGGUCAGGGUGGUCUCCGGCAGUGUCAUGACCAGGCUGUACUACUGAAUAAUACUGUAACCAUUAACACAGGCUUUUGACGUUUUGUGUCCCCAGGGUGAAGGUUGUCAGAACAUCAGUCAUCUUACACACACACACACACACACACACACACACACAAGGGAGCACACACACUCAGAAGGUUGUCAGAAUGUCAGUCAUCCACUGAGUAUGAAUUAGGCUUGGGCGGUGUCCAGAUUGUCAUACCUUCAUACCAACCUUGUGCCAUCUCAGGUUAUUCGGUAAUAGCGGCAUUGAACACAAGGGGCACUGUUUUCAAACCCCACUGAGCCUCUGUAAUGUGAAGGUUAGCAAUGCUAACAAGUACAUGUAAAAUCCCAUGGUGAAUGCUAGUUAAAUGCUAACGAGCUCAUUGCGAACAUUCUAUACAGUCUCUGACAAACUAUUUGCAAGGCAGACAUCCCAGCUCAUAACGUUAUACAAGUAACUCAAAAAUGCUACUCAGUUUGCUGUACACACAAAACAAAUAUUAGACAGCAAGGCUCUUGAAAUGAAGAACGCCAUCUGCUUAUCUCCUAACACAAGUUGACUGCAGGUAUUUAUACUGAACAAAAAUAUAAACUCAACAUGUAACAAUUUCAAUGAUUUUACUGAGUUACAGUUCAUAUAAGGAAAUCAGUCAAUUGAAAUUAAUAUAUUAGGCCCUAAUAUUUGGAUUUCACAUGACUGGGUAGGGGCGCAGCCAUGGGUGGGCCUGGGAGGGCAUAGGCCCACCCACUUGGGAGCCAGGCUAACCCACUGGGGAGCAAGGUCUAGCCAAUCAGAAUGAGUUUUUCCCCCCACAUAAGGGCUUUAUUACAGACAGAAGUACUCCUCAGUUUCAUCGGCUGUCCGGGUGGCUGGUCUCAGACGAUCCCGCAAUUGAAGAAGCCGGAUGUGGAGGUCCUGGGCUGGUGUGGUUACACGUGGUCUGCGGUUGUGAGGCCAGUUGGACGUACUGCCAAAUUCUCUAAAAUGACAUUGGAGGCAGCUUAUGGUAGAGAAAUUAACAUUCAAUUCCCUGCCAACAGCUCUGGUGGACAUUCCUGCAGUCAGCAUGCCAAUUGCACGCUCCCUAAAAAAUGUAGACAUCUGUGGCAUUGUGUUGUGUGACAAAACUGCACAUUUUAGAGUGGCUUUUUAUUGUCCUAGGGCUGUCUCAAUCUUGGUCGACCUAGUCGUCUGUUUUUUCGACACUCUUCCUCCUACUGCUGCUGGCCUUCGCAGAUUCUGCUGUUACGCUUCUGCUUUUACACUACGAACAGGCUACCAUUUGGAGUGCCGAUCUAUCUUACCAUUUCUACCGAUCUGUGUGCCAGUUAUGAUUUUUAUGUGCACAUUUUCGUGGAACAGUUUCAUUUAAUUUAUAAUAAAGUAUUUGUAUCUCAAAAUCAUUAUCAUGUGAUUAAUAAAAAUUCUAAAAGUAACUUCUAUUGCCAUUGCCAACUAUGUAAAAAUAGCCUACAUAAAUCCAACAAAUAAAAACAUUGCAGCCUGCAGGUAGAAAAUAUCUUGAUAAAAAUAAAUAUCCUAUAAAUCACAUUGGCUACGCAUGGCCUGUCUGCAAGGAACUUGAAACAUUGUGUAAACUAUUAACUUGGGUCCAGCUUGAAGCUUGCACUAGCAAACUUGCAACAUUGUAGUGGCGCAGUGGUCUAAGGCACUGCAUCGCAGUGCUAGCUGUGCCACUAGAGAUCCUGGUUUGAAUCCAGGCUCUGUCGUAGCCGGCCGCGACCGGGAGACCCAUGGGGCGGCGCACAAUUGGCCCAGCGUCGUCCAGGGUAGGGGAGGGAAUGGCCGGCAGGGAUGUAGCUCAGUUGGUAGAGCAUGGCGUUUGCAACGCCAGGGUUGUGGGUUCGAUUCCCACGGGGGGCCAGUAUGAAAAAAUAAAAUAAAAUAAUGUAUGCACUCACUAACUGUAAGUCGCUCUGGAUAAGAGUGUCUGCUAAAUGACUUAAAUGUAUAAAAUAUUCUGGGCUCUCAGUUUCCUGCUCCGGACAGACAUAGCUGUAGGCUAUUUGCGCAAGGGAUAAGAAAUAAUAAGGUAGGCCUAUUUUAUGACAUUUCCACCGGAUCAGAGCGUGACAUUUUUUUCCCCCUUUUCACACUGAGUGGUUAUCGAAAGAGAGCUGGAAAGAUUUUUCAAAUAGGCUAAGUUGAGGAACUAUUGUCAUUCUCAAUGGAUGUAAAAACAGACUUCGUUUACUUGCUGUUUGAGGUGAAGAAAUUAUUACUUUGAGAAGUGAGUUAAGACAAUCAGAAAUACUAUCAGAUCUCCAAAUGGGCACAUUUAUAGGCCUACAUUUGCAUGCAGGAAUCAGGUCCUUACUCAACAUUGACAGGAGCGCUACAAACAAAUUACAAUGAAUAAAUUGACAACUCCUAAAUGGAAUGAAAUAAACCAAAACUUGUUCCUCACAAGUGUAGCCUAGGUUGUGCAGUCCGCAAACAGCGUGUCCCCUCAACAAAGAGAACGGUAAAAGACUGUAAUAAGAAUAUAUUGAAUGCAUUAACAGAAAUUACUAUAACCAAACAAACAUUGUAGAUUAGAAAUUAUGGGAAUUAACGGGAAACGUACUACUGGUGAUACAGGUGUGCCAUCCCCGCAGCCUCCGCAAUGGAUUAGUCUACUGAGACAGGUGUGAAUCAGACCGACUAACAGCCUAUCGACCAAACAAUCGACCAGUCGACUAAAUGGGGUCAGUCCUAUAUUGUCCACAGUACAAGGUGUACCUGUGUAAUGAUCAUGCUGUUUAAUCAGCUUCUUGAUAUGCUACACCUGUCAGGUAGAUGGGUUAUCUUGGAAAAGGAGAAAUGUUCACUAACAGGUAUGUAAACAAAUGUGUGCAAAAAAGCUUUUAAUGCGUAUGGAACAUUUCUGGGAUCUUGUUUUUCAGCUCAUGAAACAUGGGACCAACACUUUACAUGUUGCGUUUAUUAUUUUGGUCAGUAUACUUAAAAAGUACCUAUAAAUAUUCACAUUUAUUAAAAAACUUCAAAGAAAUGGUUUAACAGUAUUGACGGUAUUGAAAAACCAUCCCGUGGCUAUUUCCAAAUACCCCGGUAUACGGUAUACACGGUAGAGUAUGAAUAUGCUCACACAGACGCGCACACACACAAAUACGCACAGACACACACUCACACUCACUCAGUAACCCUUCUCUCUCUCCUCAGGGGCCUUCAUCCCAGCAGUCCCAGUCCAACCAGUAGUCCUACGUUACCCCAACAAACUGGUAAGCAUACAACUAAACUCUCCCUCCUUCCCUCCCUCCUCUCCUCCAAACCACCCUCUCUUCAUUCCUACUAUCCUUCCCUUUCUUUACAUACCUAUCCUUCCUUCCCUUCUUCUCCCACUCUCUCUCCCUCCCUCCGUUGACAGUUUCUCUCUUCUCACGGCGUGAGUCUGUCUGUGUCCAUGCUGAGUGGUAUUUCAUCUCUACAUUGUCGUCCUCUACUCUUUUCCUUUAAUAGCACAAAAUAACUGAAAAAGUAAAAGCAAGUCUCAAAUAGACGAUCCCUAGUUGCUUUCACUUGUACAGUGUUUUCAGACCAGUGCAGACGAAGGAGGGGGAGAGGAAGCCACUGUAGAGUAUUGAGAUGUAGCCUCUGUGUAGGCAUCAGUCCUGCUGUGUGUAACUCAUUUAUGCCAUGAACACGCUGGGAUUUUGUGUUCGAGUAUUUUAGAUGGAGCCAAUGCUUUUUCAAUGGGAGUUAUCUGUUGUCGGAUGAAUGACAGCGUAGAUUGUCUGACAGAAAAUGCACAAAUGGUCCGUCUUUUGACAGAUACAAAUAGUUUACUUGUGUUGUACUUUUGACGGACAAAAACGGACAAUGAUGUACGUCAUAUACGAUUUGAUCCCUAUUCAUGUGUCUCAGUGUGUCUCUGGCCCGCGGAGGAGGAGAGGAAGCCAGUGUAAAGUAUUGAGAUGCAGCCUCUGUGUAGGCCCCCAGUCCUGCUGUGUAACUCCCUUCCUCUUUCAACAGGAUACGAUCACAUGGACAUGGCAAGGUCCUGGAGCGUGAGUAUCUCUUCCUCAUUUUUUUUCAUCUCUCUCUGGCUUUUCUUUCUCUCGGUCUCUUCUCUCUCUCUAUCUCUCUCUCUCUCUGUCUGACCUAGUCUCUUUCUCUUUCCAUUGCUGUUUCUCUCUCUUAGGGUGUUUUCAAAUAUAGUCCCCUUUAAAAUAACCGAUCUCAGUCCUCUUUAAAGUGAACUCUGGGGUACCAAAAAAUAGCAAAAGAACUCAAAUGUCUUUGUAUUCACACUGCCCUUGCCUUUGAAUGAGGACUCAACUAUUUUGCCAGUUCACUUCACCUAUUUUGUGGACCAAGUCUUCUUUGCAUUCACAUUGCUAUGUUUAGAAAGGAACCAAGAUCUUUGUCCAACAUGCACUCUGUGUUUUUACAAAGUGCAGGACUAGCCAUUCAAUCAGAAUGUGUUAUCGGACAGCUAGAUAUACCUACUUACAUUUUGGAAAGCUAAUAGAUUGCAUUUAGUUAAAAUAUGAGACAAAAUAAUUGUAAUCAGAAGAUACUAUUAACAUGUCAAUGUGAUUGGUAACAGAAUAAAUAGCAAUAGAAUAACUGCAGAAUACUUAAUGCUGUAAUUGGAAAUUGUACAUCCAAGGUAGGCUACUGCCCCUUUUAAGAGCUAGAAUAGAUUUUGUACCCUAUGUUGUGAUUCUCACCAAACAUAUUGUCUUCUAACACUAUUCGAACCCCACAAUCAAUUAACAGUUUAUGAAGCUCUCCUAGCCUAUAGAUCACAUAUUGCAAACAAAAACUCCACACAUUUUGGAAUUUCUGUGCGUCCUUGACAAUCGCUAAUCAAUAUCCAAAAACAGCAAAAAAUAUUCUGCUAACCUGCACAUCAUCAUCUUCUCUCUUUUGUGGCACCAAUGUGAGGGUUUAUGACAGGGGAAACGGUGUUGCAAUAGUCUAGUGUGUGGUGCGGGAAUAAUGACAAGCAAACCUGGGGAGCUUUGCGUUCACAUUGUCCUAAAAAAGGGAACCGGACCACGGAAUUCAAGCAAACCGAACUCAGACCACCUCUCGAGAUGGUCUCAGUUCGGUUCGCUUCGGGGGCUCUUUUGAGGGGUCUGAGUUCCUUUGGAGUGUUCACACUGCACAAAAAAUUAAGCGAACCGCACUGAGUUCACAAAAAUUGGUUGAAAGGGACCAAGUGUGAAAACAUCCUUAGGCAUAUGCUCAAACUCCCUGCUGCUCUAUCUAUCGCCCCCUGGCUGUUGUUUGUGGAGAGGUCUGGCAACAUGUUUUAGAUUAGAAGGGGAUGUUAUUGUGUUUUUAGGCCUGUGGUUAAUACAGGCCUAAUAUACCCCCCCAGCACAACUUCCCUCUCUCUCUAUUCUCUCACCCCCCCCCCCCCCCCCCCCCCCACACACACACACACUUUUUUAUUUCUGAAUCAACUGAUUACUCUCUCUUCUUUCCACUCAGGUUUGAGAUACUGUGGCUGACACUGUGCCAGUUUCAUAACCCCAUAGAGAUCGAGGUAAGUGUUCUUUUUUUAAAGGUGGACUCAGCAAAUAUGAUACCAUCGUUACAUAGUGGGGUGUCUUACUGCUUACAGACAUCCAAUCUCUCUUGAAGAAUGUGAAGAAAUUGAGAAAUGGAAGAUGGGCAGGUGAUAUGUUAAUGUUUUUCUUCCAUGCAGUACCUGCCUCUCUACACUCCUUCAGAGGAAGAGAAGAACAACCCUGCUCUGUUCGCCAACAACGUCAGACGCAUCAUGGCCAAGUUAGUACUGUGUGUGUGGCCUCCCAGGUUACAUCAAGCUUUUACAUUGAGUUUACAUCUGGCUAUCUGUGUGUCUUUAACUUCUCUAAAUGCCUGCCACAUAUACAGUAUAUCUGACAUGUCAGGAGGGGUCCUGACUGCUCUCUCUGUGCUCUGAUAGGGCCCUGGAGCUUCCCAUUACAGACCUGUCGUUUGAUGACUGCCAGCUGAGCCUAGCAAAGGGCCCACUGCGUGUCCCUAGCAACAGCAGCCUACUGCAGUUCAAUAGAUUAGCGCGAAGGCUCGGGUGAGUUUACUAUACUAUUGGUCGUUCAGCAUUAUUACAGGUCCUUAACAGUUUUUAAAAAGGGAAUUGUUUUGCUGUUGUAACAAAACAUUAAUGUUGAUUAAAUAAGAACAUUUCAAAAUGCUAUAAAUGUUUAUUCUAAAAUGUUAGUUGUCUGAAUGGGUAGGUAGGGUAUGAGUGAUGUCCUGUACAUCGUUGUGUGACAUUUAAGGGUGUCAUAUUGGGGACUGAUGGUCAUACUGGGAAAAUAAUACUGGAUUUACUGGGAAAUACUACAACUAAUACUACUGGGUUUACUGGUCGAACUGGGAAAUACUACUGGGCUUAAUGAUAAUACUGGGAAAUACUACUGGGCUUACUGAUAAUACUGGGAAAUACUACUGGGCUUACUGAUAAUACUGGGUAAUACUACUGGGUUUACUGAUAAUACUGGGAAAUACUACUGAAGUACUAGUGGGUUUAUGUCGAAUACAUUCAGAUACUAGAAAGUAUAGUAUUUCAAAGUAUUUGAGAUGUACUUAAUUUUGCCAUUUAAAUCUGUGGUUUUCAAACUUUUUCAGUGGGGACCCCAUCCCAAAUCUAUUGACACAACCUUAAAAUCAGUACAUUUUUAUUUUCAUAUCAACAAAUAACCUUCAAUUCAUUACAUUCUCAUCUCUCCUAUCAACAUUAAGAGAACCAAUACAUACAUUUACUCAAUCAAGUUUUAUUCUUCAAAUUCUUUCUCAAAAACGUUUGUAUAUUGUCCCAUAAAAUAAUCUGUACUCUUACAUUUUGGUUCCCAGUUUUUUUAUAUAUAUAUUUAACCCAACUGCAAUUCUCGCGACCCCGACUUUGAAUACCACUGCAUUAAAUGGACAAAACCAAGCUUGUAGCCACAACACUGGACAGUAGGAAAUGUAUUUCUUAACCAUGUAUUUUCUAUGUGUAGGCUGAGAGCUGGGACAACAGAUACAGUGUUACAGCAGCAGGCUAGCAAAGCCAGGAAGCUUUGGGGAUACAGACUGGGAUUGGGGGACUUUGCUCAGUACCUCAACCUACCUGUGACGGACAUGCUCACUGAGUUACACAGCCUCUUGAACCAGGUACAGUGGGGGGAAAAAAGUAUUUAGUCAGCCACCAAUUGUGCAAGUUCUCCCACUUAAAAAGAUGAGAGAGGCCUGUAAUUUCCAUCAUAGGUACACGUCAACUAUGACAGACAAAAUGAGAAAAAAAUCCAAAAAAUCACAUUGUAGGAUUUUUAAUGAAUUUAUUUGCAAAUUAUGGUGGAAAAUAAGUAUUUGGUCAAUAACAAAAGUUUCUCAAUACUUUGUUAAAUACCCUUUGUUGGCAAUGACACAUGUCAAACGUUUUCUGUAAGUCUUCACAAGGUUUUCACACACUGUUGCUGGUAUUUUGGCCCAUUCCUCCAUGCAGAUCUCCUCUAGAGCAGUGAUGUUUUGGGGCUGUCGCUGGGCAACACGGACUUUCAACUCCCUCCAAAGAUUUUCUAUGGGGUUGAGAUCUGGAGACUGGCUAGACCACUCCAGGACCUUGAAAUGCUUCUUACCAAGCCACUCCUUCGUUGCCCGGGCGGUGUGUUUGGGAUCAUUGUCAUGCUGAAAGACCCAGCCACGUUUCAUCUUCAGUGCCCUUGCUGAUGGAAGGAGGUUUUCACUCAAAAUCUCACGAUACAUGGCCCCAUUCAUUCUUUCCUUUACACGGAUCAGUCGUCCUGGUCCCUUUGCAGAAAAACAGCCCCAAAGCAUGAUGUUUCCACCCCCAUGCUUCACAGUAGGUAUGGUGUUCUUUGGAUGCAACUCAGCAUUCUUUGUUCUCCAAACACGACGAGUUGAGUUUUUACCAAAAAGUUCUAUUUUGAUUUCAUCUGACCAUAUGACAUUCUCCCAAUCCUCUUCUGGAUCAUCCAAAUGCACUCUAGCAAACUUCAGACGGGCCUGGACAUGUACUGGCUUAAGCAGGGGGACACGUCUUGCACUGCAGGAUUUGAGUCCCUGGCGGCGUAGUGUGUUACUGGUAGGCUUUGUUACUCUGGUCCCAGCUCUCUGCAGGUCAUUCACUAGGUCCCCCCGUGUGGUUCUGGGAUUUUUGCUCACCGUUCUUGUGAUCAUUUUGACCCCACGGGGUGAGAUCUUGCGUGGAGCCCCAGAUCGAGGGAGAUUAUCAGUGGUCUUGUAUGUCUUCCAUUUCCUAAUAAUUGCUCCCACAGUUGAUUUCUUCAAACCAAGCUGCUUACCUAUUGCAGAUUCAGUCUUCCCAGCCUGGUGCAGGUCUACAAUUUUGUUUCUGGUGUCCUUUGACAGCUCUUUGGUCUUGGCCAUAGUGGAGUUUGGAGUGUGACUGUUUGAGGUUGUGGACAGGUGUCUUUUAUACUGAUAACAAGUUCAAACAGGUGCCAUUAAUACAGGUAACGAGUGGAGGACAGAGGAGCCUCUUAAAGAAGAAGUUACAGGUCUGUGAGAGCCAAAAACCUUGCUUGUUUGUAGGUGACCAAAUACUUAUUUUCCACCAUAAUUUGCAAAUAAAUUCAUAAAAAAUCCUACAAUGUGAUUUUCUGGAUUUUUUUUUCUCAUUUUGUCUGUCAUAGUUGACGUGUACCUAUGAUGAAAAUUACAGGCCUCUCUCAUCUUUUUAAGUGGGAGAACUUGCACAAUUGGUGGCUGACUAAAUACUUUUUUUCCCCACUGUAGGUAUCUAACACACAGCGCAUAACUCACAUAGUGUCCUACACACACCACACACUGAUUUGAUUCAGUCAAUCAAAUAAAUCAAUCAAAUUUGUAGAAAUAAAUAACCAUCAGUGUUCUUUUCUUUCUCUCUCUCUCUCACUCGCUCGCUCUCUCCUCCUCACUCUCUCACUCCCUCUCUGAAGCAUGGAGAUGGCCAGAUCGACGUCAGGGAGUAUGUGAUAGCCCUGUCUGUGGCGUGUCAACCCUCUAAAGCCAUGGACACCCUCAGGCUUGCCUUUGGUGUGAGUGACAGGCAAUUAAGCUUUAUAACAGUUCCUAUGAAACACUAUAAGAACCCAAUGUCUGCUCCUAUAAAGCAUUAGAACAUCUCUGUCUGCUCUUAUUAGGCAUUAUAAUAGAAAUACCUACAAAAUACCUAUGUCUGCUAUAUAAAGCGUUAUAACUGUCCUAUGUCCUGACCCUGGUCAGAUGUACGAGGCGAAGGAGGACGGGGCCAUCGUGGAAAAGGAUCUGGCGUCCAUUUUGAGAACGGCGUUGGGAGUAGCAGAGGUCGAUGUCACAGAGUUGUUCUCAGCAAUCGACACACUUGACGCGGGGAAAAUCACACACGGUGAUAUCACACACCAAUACCCUUGCCUUUCUUGCGCUAACACUCGCUUCUUGUCUUUAUUGAGGAAAAAGUUUUACUUACUAUGAUUGUGAUAUGUGGUUGUCUCACCUAGCUACUUUAAGUUGAAUGCACUAACUGUAAAUCACUCUGGUUAAGAGCGUCUGCUAAAUGAAUAAAAUAUAAUGUAAUCCAACUAACGGGAUUACAGCCAACACUGUAACUACAAUCUCUCUUUGACCUUCCCUCUCUCUAUAUCCGUCUGUAGAUGACUUCUGUCGGUUCGUGGAGCAGCACCCAGACUUUGCUCAGGAGUACCUCCUCUCCUCCAGGACAACCCCCUCUACCCCCCACACAGCCCCCCUGGUCAACGGGUUCAGUGUGGACCAUUACGACAUAGAGGAGCAGACCUGCAGCCUCCCUGGACAGAAGAGGAAAGAAGACUGAGACUCUCAAAUGGAUCUAUCUACUUCCUAUCACAGAGAGAGGAGGAGAGUGGAGGGAGGAGGAAAAGAUGGAGGGAUAGAAGGGCGAUUGGGAGGCCCUGGGGCUCUAGCAAACAAAUCUAUCUUCUACAGUUACUAUAUCUUCUGUGUCACUGUGGCCCAUAUGUUCUACCAGAGAGAAGGAGAGAGGGAGCGAGGGAUAGGAUAUAUUGAGAUAAGGAGGGGUGGAUAGAGGGAGAGAAGUAAGAAACUAUUAGACGGAUAGAGGAGAUUGAGACUGAAAGGGAGAGAUGGAGGUAGAGAAGGGUUGGGUAUGUUGAAGGAGAGUAGAGGGAGAGAUGAUAGAGAGAUUUGGUUAGUGAGAGGAUAUGAUGGAGGGUGGAGACAAUCUGUUCCUCUGGACACCAUCUCACACCAAUACUCCCAUCUCUGGUUUUGUCUGCUACUGUUUUCAAGGACUUUGUAUGCUGUCUGACUUUCCAACAUGAGUUUUAAAGGAACUGGAGUUCUUAGGAGUUCAUCAAACACUUUGGCUAUUUAUUUUCAAAAGGGUUUUACUUUUCUAUAGGUAUUUAUUUGUCUUUCGUUUUUAUCAAACUAUCUAUGCCCAUUAUGACAAUGAAAUGCACACUCCAGUAAGACUUUUCUUUUUCACGAUUAGUUUUAUCAGGUGAUUAAGCACCAAACUGAGCUCUGAGCUUAAUCACUGCCUUUCAUAACGAGACUGACUGAGAUCAAUUGGAUCGAGCUGAAACUAAGCAUUUCACUGCCUCGUAGACCAUAGCAACUCACAACAAGACAAACUGUUCAAAUGGAUGAAUAUGGGACCAAACAGACUUCUUAUUUUUAAACCAGAGGAUUCUUGCACGUUCACAUUGAGCUCCUUGUUGCCUUUUUAAAUUGUUUUAAACAUGUUAAUGGUUGUUUUAAUGUUGCCUGAGCUUGAGUGAAACAUUCCACAGCUUAAGUGUAUUUAUUUUCAUAAGCAUAAACACUGGGGUCUGAAGAUGAACAUUUGUUUGAUGUUUUCUCUUUUCUUAGUGGAUGAACAGAGAACCAUAGAGUUGGGUUCCA